AUGUCUGCCCCAGUGAAGUUACUUGAAAAUUGGACACUACCAGAUCAUACAUUUUACCCACGUUGUCUGAGCAGCAUCGGAAAUGAUACUAAAACGGUACUGAUCCUGCCGGGAGAGCAUAACAUUUUAACUUUAGUGAUAAAAAACCUAAAAGAUACCGUUCGGUCCAAUGGAUCACCGCACAAGACGUCGUGCAUUGAUUUGAAAUGCUUUGGAACCAUUACGGAUACGAUAGUCACUGCUCACAACACGAUCAGCUGUGUUGAUAGUGGACAACUGAUUAUUUUUAGUUCUUUCCGAACAUGUAAUCCAGUAGAAGGUGCUGUUGGUGUUAAAGCUAUAAAUAGGAUGGACAGUGGAAAAAAGCUUUUGCUGUUACGGUUGACAAACGAUAACCUACUGCAGCUGAAUAUUGUGGAAGAUUUAACCGGUGCCAAAUUAACUCAAGCGUUAAAGACCUACGAUUUGUCCUGGGAGAGGACGGAUAUUCCAACAAGCAGAAGAGAUCAAUGUCACCGAGUUGGUACGAUUAUCACUACGCAGGAAAAUCAUAGAUUCUUUCAAAGGUUUCUGAAUUGUGGAGACAUACCAGCGGAAAGUGAGCAAAUAUUGUUCACCGUUGAUAAUGGGUUAUUCUGGUUAAAAGACCUAAAUGAAAAUUUUGAAGUGGUCACUGUAAAGCUCUUUACGUCAACUGUUACCGAAUUUUCUUACGCUCCCUGCACAGGCAGUUUUUUUGUUUUGCUAGAAAAUGCUGCGCUUAUAGUGUAUUGUAUAUCUGAGGAUCCAAAACGCAUAAUGAUACAGGAACAGAAUAUAUAUUUAGGACACACAUUAGAGGCGCAUCGUUUUGUACCCGAAUUAAGCGUUCUUAUUUACUCGGAUGGUUUUCAAAUGGUUCAAAUUAGGUGUUUCUUUUCCGAGCUUAGUAAAACUAUUGAAAAAGAAACGCAAAAUAUUCCCAUUAGCGGAGUUACAGGAAUAACAUAUUUUGAAGAUACGAACACUGGGAUUUGCGUAACCGAAAAUCGAUUGUUUUACACGUUUGUCGUUGGCCUUCCGAAUGAUCAAAAAGGGCAAUCAGACGAUUUUUUCGAACUAACGGAUGAAGUUUUUUCACAAACGAGGCAGAUGACCCAUUUUCUUACUAAUGAGAUUAAAUGCGGGAAAAAGAUUAUAAAGCUUGUCGAAAAAGAACGCUCAAAGUUUAAUUCCUUGGUAUAUGCUACUAACAUGAGUCUACAUCAAAGCUUUGUUAAGUGUACUUUAAUUAUUCGUAGAGGAAUGCCGGACAAAACAUAUCUUUGGAUUGGAGAACCUUCUACCGACACAAUCAUAUUUGCGGAAAUCACUAUCUGUUUCUCGAAAAACUUUCAGCAUUCUUUAGUUCAGCAAAACAGUUGGUGUUUAGCAUUAUCAAUCGACUCCGUUGAAGUUCGGCAAAUUAAACUGAGUUCCAUAAAAUUUAGUGAUAGCAAUCUCUGUUUUCUCUACCCAAUUGGAAACCAGUAUUUAAAGAAACGAGGUUUACCAGCAAUAGCAAUUAGUUUAACAAUUGCAGUACAACAUUUUAAUGAUUGCAUUAAUUUGCACAUUCCUUUGGAUGUGAAAGAGCCGACCAAAAUGAAGCCUCUCUUUGAAGUAUGCGCACGUAACACACCUGAAUGUUCGGAAACUAAUGAUGAUUAUCAAUAUACAAUUGAUUCGUUAACCAGUUUCUAUAGUCAACAUUCGGUAAACAUACCAAAACUUGAAUGGUGCCUGAGCAAACCAACCACAAUUAACGACAUAACCAGUUUACUAUCGAUUCUUAAUAUUGACGUUGAUGGAGAAGUAAAUCGCACGACGGAUGUUAUUAAUAUCCGAAUUGGAAAUCUGUUUGUAGCAGCUCAACUGAAAGAAAGUCAAAAUGCUAUUAGCUUUGAAUCGCAUUCUCCCGGAGCAAUGUUGUUACUGAAACGGAUAUGGUGUGAAAAACAAGAGCAACCCUGGAGUGAAAAUUCAGCAGCACUAAAGCUUUCUCCGGUCAAUGGUAUCAUAUGCGGCUUUAAAGUCAACGAAGAAAAGGUGCGUGGGCAGUCUGUAUUCACGGCCCUUUUGCAGGAUUUGCUGCAGUGUAAAUAUUUAAUCCGUUGA